GGGGGCGCCUGCCCGCUGCCGCCUGCGAAGCGCUGACACCAGCCGCGGGCGCAGGGGGACGCGGAGCCGGGCGAGCGGGCGGGGUUGUGCUCGGCGCUCAGCCCCCGGCGGCAGCAGCAGCACUAGCCGCGCUCCUAGAAGUCAACAUAAGGCAUUUUAAUGUCUGUCUAUUGGCACUGGAGGGUGAUCCUAUGUAAGGAAACUGGCAGCUGCAAUUGUUUCGUAACAGACAGCCAGUCGAAUGAGGGGAAAGAAGAAGAUAUUGAGCCACAAAUUGUGGUAUCGGACAUCAUCCAGCUUGUGCGAGAGAAGCAGCAGGUGCCAGCAAUGCACGCAGAAGAAAUCAUGCAUCAGGAUAUCAUUCCCCUCUGUGCUGCAGAUAUUGAAGACCAGUUAAAGAAGCAAUUUGCCUAUCUGUCAGGUGGCAGAGGAGAAGAUGGUUGCCCUGUUAUCACAUUCCCAGACUACCCAGCUUUCAGCGAGAUCCCAGAGAAAGAGUUUCAGAAUGUCCUGACAUAUCUAACUAGCAUUCCAAGUUUACAAGAUGCUGGAAUUGGAUUUAUCCUUGUCAUAGAUCGAAGGCAAGACAAAUGGACCUCUGUGAAAGCCUCCAUACUGCGAAUAGCGGCAUCUUUCCCAGGAAACCUGCAGCUGGUCCUUGUUCUGCGCCCAACAGGAUUUAUCCACCGAACUCUCUCAGACCUCGCUUUCAAAUUCAACAGAGAUGAAUUUAAAAUGAAGGUACCUAUCAUAAUGCUGGGCUCAGUAACAGAAUUGCAUGGUUAUAUUGACAAAACACAGCUAACAGAAGACCUUGGUGGCACUCUGGAUUAUUGUCAUAACAGAUGGCUCUCUCACCGCACUGCCAUAGAAAGUUUUGCCCUAAUGGUUAAGCAAACAGCUCAAAUGCUUCAGUCCUUUGGGACCGAAUUGGCUGAAACAGAACUACCAAAUGAUGUACAAUCAACCAGCUCCCUUCUUGCAGCACAUAGUGAAAAGAAGGACAAAAUGAAGGAGGAUUUGAGGUUAGCUUUAAAACAGGGACAUGAUAUCCUUGAAAGUAAUAGAAAGCCAGUUGCUGAGAACCCUGACUACAAACUCAACCAAGAUCAACUUGACAAUCAAACCACUGUGGAAAGGCUUCUGGCUCAAUUAGAUGAAACAGAGAUUGCCUUUGAUGAAUUUUGGGCUAAACAUCAACAAAAGCUUGAGCAGUGUGUACAGCUUCGGAAUUUUGAACAAACUUUUAGAGAGGUCAAAGCAGCUUUGAGUAUUGCGUCCGAGAGGUUAUCUGCUUUCACAGAUGUGGGAAACAGCGUUUCACAUGUGGAGCACAUUCUGAAGGAUCUUGCCAACUUUGAAGAAAAAUCACAUGAAUCCUUAGGAAAAGCUAGGGUGCUAGCUUCUCAAGGUGACCAGCUUGUUCAAAACAACCACUAUGCUGUGGACUCCAUUCUUCCAAAGUGCAAUGAGCUCCAUCAUCUCUGUGAUGCAUUUGCUACAGAGACAGAAAAGAGGAGAGGUCUUCUUAACAAAUCUCUGGAACUGCAUAGUCUAUUGGAGAAGUCCAUGAGGUGGUGUGAUGAAGGCAUUUACCUGCUAGCGUCACAGCCUGUAGACAAAUGCCAGUCCCAGGACGGCGCAGAAUCAGCUUUGCAGGAGAUUGAGAAAUUCCUGGACACAGGGGCAGACAAUAAAAUCAAGGAACCGAAUAAAGUUUACCAACUAUAUGAACCCAUUCUCAACCAGGACCUAAUGGAACAUGUGCAAAAAGUUUUUCAAAAGCAGGAAAGCAUGGAAGAAAUGUUUCAAAAGAGACAAGUGAGCCUUAAAAAACUGGCAGCUAAGCAGACCCGUCCAGUUCAGCCAGUGGCACCAAGACCUGAAGUCUUUGUAAAAUCUCCUUGUGUCUCUCCAGGUCUUCGAAGAGGCUCUGACUAUGUGUCCAACACAGAAGAUAACAUGCUCCGGAGAAUGAACUACAGAAGACUAAAAAAUGAAAUGAGUGAAAUCCGUCAAAGCAGAGGUGGAUCUGUGAUGGAUGAUGAAGAAAACCUAGCUGUGUUACGAAGCCAUGUAAUUAAUGAACUUAUUGAAACUGAACGAGCAUAUGUGGAAGAACUUCUUUGUGUUCUUGAGGGGUAUGCGUCAGAGAUGGACAACCCUUUAAUGAUGCAUCUCAUUUCACCAGGGCUCCUAAAUAAGAAGGAUAUUUUGUUUGGGAAUAUGGAAGAAAUUUAUCACUUUCACAACAGAAUAUUCUUGAAAGAACUAGAAAAUUACAUAGAAUACCCAGAGCUGGUGGGAAGGUGUUUUCUGGAAAGGAUGGAAGAUUUCCAGAUUUAUGAAAAAUACUGUCAAAAUAAGCCCCGAUCUGAAAGCUUAUGGAGGCAGUUUUCAGACUCUGCAUUUUUUCAGGAAUGUCAGAGGAAACUUGAUCACAAGCUGAGUUUGGAUUCCUACUUACUGAAACCUGUUCAGAGAAUAACCAAAUACCAGUUACUGCUGAAGGAAAUGCUGAAAUACAGCAAAAACUGUGAAGGAGCUGAAGAUCUGCAGGAGGCAUUAACCUCUAUACUAGGUAUUCUCAAAGCAGUCAAUGAUUCCAUGCACCAGAUUGCCAUUACUGGCUAUGAUGGAAACCUGAAUGAACUAGGCAAGCUUUUAAUGCAAGGAUCCUUCAGUGUAUGGACUGAUCAUAAAAAAGGUCACUCAAAAGUGAAGGAUUUGGCACGUUUCAAGCCAAUGCAAAGGCACCUGUUCCUCCAUGAGAAGGCAGUGUUGUUCUGUAAAAAGAGAGAAGAAAAUGGAGAGGGAUAUGAAAAAGCACCUUCCUACAGUUAUAAGCAUUCCUUAAACAUGACAGCUGUUGGAAUAACAGAGAAUGCUAAAGGUGACUCAAAGAAAUUUGAAAUCUGGUAUAAUGCGAGAGAAGAAGUUUACAUCAUUCAGGCACCAACUCCUGAAAUUAAAGCUACCUGGGUAAAUGAAAUUAGAAAAGUGUUAACUAGCCAACUGCAGGCAUGCAGAGAAGCUAGUCAGCACAGAACACUAGAACAGACACACAGUUUACCUGUACCUGCACCAACUUGUACAAGUCCUUCAAGGAAUCAGGGAAGAACUGUCAAAAAAGUAGAAGAGAGAAAAACUGAUCCCACAAGUCCAGAAGGUUGUGUCACCUCAGUAGCACCAAAGUACCCCGAGAAAGGCAAAGAUGAUACAGUAAUUAGUUCUACCUCAGAAUGCUCUGCACUGUCAAAAAAGCGCUUUACACUUCAGGGCUUUACUAACCUCAAAAGUCAGAAAGAAACUCCAUCUCCUACUGCUAAAAACCAGACAUUGCCAAUGAUCCUUCUGACAGGACCAGCUUCUCCUACCAGCCCUGACAAAAAAGCUAAACGACAUGAAGUAAAGAGUGAUCCAACUCCUUUUGGUUUAAGAGAUGCAAGUUCAGUAUUAACAUUGGACAGGGCCAAAUGGCUCAGUACUUCUAAUCUUCUACCAGCAGCCCAGCGCAGGCAAGGUUGGGCUAAAACAUCUCAUUCACUUGAUGCCUCUGAAGAAAAUGAUGGUUGGUCUAGUGCUGAGGAUCCACUUAAUUCAUCAGAUGCAGAGGAAGAAGAAGGAGAAGAUGGAGGAGAGAUUAAGCUGACUCCUGGUAAAUACACUGUUGUGACUGAUUAUGACAAAAACGGUUCUGAAGAUCUUGCAGUGAAAAGUGGAGACCUCGUUCAGCUGAUCCGUGAAGGGGAGGACAGAAUUUGGUAUGUGAAGAAUCUGAGCACGGGGAAAGAAGGUUUGGUGCCAGCGAACAAUUUAUUGAUGCUCAUAGGCAACUCAAAAUCAGCUCAGUCUUUAAGCAGCUCUGAAUCAGGCACUGGAUGCAGUACUUUGAGUUCAUCAUCAAGUUAUAAUGAAAGUUGCAAUGCUGGCAGCACCAGCUUCUGAGACAUCAAGGGCUAAUGCUAACAUUUCCCCAAGUCGCCUGUGAACUUCCAGCAUCUUAUGCAGACUUCUGAACGUUGGACUGAAAUGGAGAUCCAGCAUGUAUGUGUUGCCUGUCUCAUGUUUUAAAUGGUGAUUUACGGAGCCAUCCCUAGGAAGAGCUCAGUGAAAAGUAUGUGGAAUCUGAGAUUCUAAAGAAAAGUAAAUGAUCUGAAAUGGGAUCUUCUAGCAGCUUCUGAUCUGAAGUCUGAAUCUCAACAUACAUUUUCCCAUGGAUAUUGCCAUCAGAUUUCUACAGACACACCAUUUUACCACAACCAGAAGAAGAACAGGACGAGACAGGAAUGUGUUCCUCUGUGGUAAAUCCUAUUGUAAAAUAAUGAAAUAAAAAUAAUUGUAUAAUAUAGAAAUAAGGAUAAGAAAUCCGAGUUUACAGUUCACUCUCCCAAAAACCUUUCUGUAAGGAUACUUCUGGGUUAAUGCAGUAUAUGGAGUGUCUUUUACAAUAACCGGGAAUUAAAUGUAGGUCCAGCCAUUCUCUUGUCUUGAAUUUUUAGCACUCUGCUUUCUGCAGUAAAAUGCAUCUUCACAGUCUAUGGUGCAAAAGAAAUAGACAAUUCACUGACCACAACAACAUCAAAAGAAAAGACUAUUUUAUCUUUUCCAGCAUUUUUUACUGUGUCCAAUGGCCAUUUUUGCGGUAUUUUGGCCUCUGAACCGAGUUCUUUACCAAGGAUCACUGUGUUUACAUAACAUUGGCAAUUUAAUAGCAUGUUUGAUACAAAAUUAUUUUUCAUUACUAAGGUACACAUUGAAACACAAAAUGUUUGUAUUACUUAAGUGAUUUCUUAAUGAUUUGUAAUACAAUGUGGUUAUCUUCAGUUCUAACAGUUAGAAGAUGGUUGCAGGCAAAUGAAACUAUGCUAGCUACACUGUAAUGCUGAAGAUUUAUUAUGAGAAUUAGAAACCUGAACCUUUAAGCUAAGGAUGUAUGUUUGUAGAUUUACUCAAAAGGAUUAAAAAAUUUAAACAAUUGUGUAUUUUUUUCUAUAAAAUGGGAGGGUGGGGGGCAAUAACUUUAUUUAAAAAAAAUCUGGACUGUGUUGUGGACAAAUAUUUUAAAUCCUUUUUUUAAAGGGAGGGAAAUCAUAAACAUACAGUUUUUCAGGGUAUAAUGUAAAUAAUGUAAAUUAUCACCUCAGAUAUUCUUUGCAGUUCAGCCUUACAAAUGCAAACAGUGUAUCAAUUUUAAAAAUGUUUUGCUUAUGCUGGAAUAUCAUUUUUUUUCCUGGUCUCUGUACUGUAUUACUUAAAAUAAUCUGGAGUGUUGAGGGCUUGAUUUUCAGAAGCACUGAGCGCAGGGAGCUUCUAUUGCAAUCAAUGGGAGCUGCUGGUGCUCAGCACCUAGAAGUCUAUCUUAAUAUAAGAAAUCUAGAUUUUACACUUAAUGAUGUGAACAGCUAAAAGAGAAAUGCCUCAAAAGAAUGAUCUUACUUUUCUAGUUUCCUGAAGCGGUUCCUGUCCCAGUUACAAUCAAAAUGCAGCUGGCUGUGGCCAGUGCAUAAAUGUGUGUAUAAAUGCAUAUAUAUGUACGUGUGUGUGUGUGUGUGUAUGUGUGUGUAUAUAUAUAUAUAUAUCUCAAUGUAAAAGAUGUAUUUAUAGUCUUCAUGCUGCUGAAAAUGUCACUUUACAAUUCAUAAAUACUUAGUUUUCUUGCAAUACUGCAGUAUGAAGGCUGGUCAGGGUUUUUACUUUAUGCAUCAUUUCCAAAAAAGGAUUAAUCUGUUCCUUCUUAAAUUAUCUUAAACUGUGCUAGCCAGGACUGUUUAGCCUGAUAUGUGAUAAUGAAAUAACAAUGUGCAGAGAUAUUGGUUUGCCUUCUUGUUUGUAAGUUAUUUUGUAAAUGAUCUGUAACAUAAUUUACUUAAAUAUAUUGCUCUCAAGCAGUCCUAUAAUGAAACUGUGUCCUUUCAGCUGUCUCAUUGCAGCAUCCUUUCCAUUAUUUUUGUGAUCUUAUACACACCAUUGCACUUUAAUACAGCACAUUUCACCGUUUCCUUUUCUACAGCUGUUUUAAAUUAUAAGUACAAAAUCAGAGGUCUUUAUUGGAUGUAUGAAAGUUUGAUGAAUAAAUUUCAGCAUUUCUUGCUGGAUAUCCUCAA